GUAUGAUGAGCAGGGGGAGGGAGCAGCAGCGUGAGGCGGCGGUGGCCGGGCGGUGCCGCGGCGGUGGUGCAAUGGCGGUGCCGCGGCGCGGGCGCUGGUUCGACGACGAGCCGCCCACGACGACGGCAGCAGCAGGAGCAGCAGCGGGGCGCGCGGGGUGGAGGUGCCGGUCGUGCGCGGCGGUGGCGAUCGCGGACUGCGUCGCGCUGGGGUGCUGCCCGUGCGCGGUCGUCAGCAUGCUGGGCCUGGCGCUCGUCAAGGCGCCGCUCGUCGUGGGCCGGCGCUGCGUCGGUCGGCUCAGGAGGCGGAGGCGGUUGCUGCUGCACAAGAAGCGGGUGCGCGACGUCGCGGCCUCCGCGGCGUCGGCGACGACCGCGACGUGCAACCGCGAGAAGGGCGUGAAGGUGGGGACGCCGGACGCCGCCGGCGCGGUGGCCGUGGAGGCGAGCGCGCCGGGUGCUGAGGCGGAGCUGGCGUGGCUGGAAGAGAUGUACCGGGUGGGGCACUGGGGCUUCGGCCGCGUGUCUUUCUCGGGGAAAAGCCCGUGAAAGCUAGACGCCAGCCGCACGCGUGCGUGCCGGCGGCAGCGGCCGCGCGCGCCGCGCGGCGAUGGGGAACAGUUCGUCGUCGGAUUCGUCAAACGUGCAGUGCUGCUGCAUGAUUGGUGCGCCGAUGGGACGUGGCUGUGGCCGGCGCUGCUUGAUUUGAUGUUUUUGUCGGGUGCACGGCACGUUUGGCGCCUAGUUUGGGUGCUGUAGUUUUCAUGUCGAGGAGGUCUGUGGAGAUUAGUGGCUGGGAAUUGGAUGAGCAGCUUUUUAGCUUGCACGAAUCUAGAUGUAAAGUGUCAUUGUUUCCUGCGGAAGGGAAUUGGCUUCUGUGGAUGAGACGGCUCUUUGUCCAGUGACACGUUCAGAAGAACGGAAUUGUCUCCCUACUCAGUACCUGUAGGAAUGGAAAUGUGUCCGGAUGGAGCAAAAACAUUCUCGACUCGGAACCGACAGCCUCACUUGAGCUUAAAAUAGCAAACGAGUGAAAACCGUCAUCUAAACUCGGCACCUGUCUGGUUUCGGUGCAUGUCAGGUUUAGAUCAACAGUAACAGGAUAUGGAGAGGAUGGAUCAGCCGACAGAUAUCAUAUUAGUGACGACUACUCAACACGCAUCACUAAUGUAUUAUUAGUGACAGAUCCAAUAAAAACGUGUCACUAAUAUGCCUUCUGACCGGGAUUAUUAAUUACGGUUUCUACUUUCGAUGCCCACCUUAUAGCACAACACAGGGGAGAGGAAAGAAGGAGAUUGGGAGGGAGGUCACCGCUCGCCGGUGGAGCCAAGGGCAAGUGGCAACUGGGGACGACAACGCAUGUGCGCUAGGGGUGUGAAGAUACGGGGGAAUGGUUUAUGGACCGUGGAGAUUUAGGGCUCGGCCGCUCGAGG